GAACUCAGACUUGUUCCUGCUUGACUGGUCCUUGGAGUUUGGGAGGGGGAGAGACUUUCCCCAACUCUGCAGCCCUUCAAACUGAGGUCUGUGAGAGCUGGGAUCUUGGCCAGAUGCCUCUCUGCCCCUGGCUGAACCUCAAUCCCCCCAGCCCUCUAAACUGGGAGGCAUCCCUAUGCCAGAGUGAUUGUUCAGGGAGUGCUGGGGAGAACGAGGGGUUCCCUUUUCCCACAACCACAAACGCGUUUCUCAAAAUGGAGCCUCGCUUGCCCCUCCUUCUCUCUUGGGCUCCAAGAGCGGGAGCCCGGCUGGCUGGGCCUGGUUUUCCAGACGCCUGGCUCUCAAGACCCACUCCAUGUCCCUCUGGAUUUAGGGACCCUUGGCUCUGUGGCUUAAGUGACUCUGGUUCCCAAUAGGUCUGCCUCUGUCUCCUCGUGUCUUAGCCUCUCUGCCUCUGAGUCUUUGUCUCUUGUCUUUGGGUCUGUCUUUCUGAGUCUGUCUACAGCCACCCUUUGCUCUGGUCACUCUGUGCAGUCUGAAAUGAGAAGUGCACACACAGUGCCUGCCGUUUUCCCCACUGUUCUUCCGUGCCCCGGAAUGGUGCCUGAGAGUGGGGAGGACAAGAGGGGGAACUUUAUCAGCUUUGCUCAGGGAUGGGAUUUAUGGGGUAGUCUCAGCCCCCACCCUUGCCCUGCCCUGCAGAGGGGCCUAUGAUUGCACCCUGCACCCAGCUCACCUCCUGCCUGGCUCCCAGCAACUCCUCCCUCAUUCUGGUCUCCUUCAUGGUGGUUCUCAGUGUUGUAGUGCCUAUCCACUUGGGUGGGGGUAAAGAGGAUAGACUCAAUGGAGCACAGGCAAGAAAAGGGGAACAGAUUGGGCAAAGGAGUCAGAUAUUGUGAGUCUUACCUCUCCCCACCCCUCAAGAGGGUAAAAAAAAAAUCAGGCUCCCACCCACCCAGGGACCCUGCAUGCCACUCAAGUCUCUACCUAUUCCUGCACUUGCUCACACUCCUACAGACUCCUUUUUACAUACUUGUAAAAAGUACACACUCACCUUCCUGUUCACAUAAUCAUGUAAGGUACACAUAGUAGUUUACACCUAAAUUUGCAUAUACAUAAAGGCACUGAUACAUCUAUCCAAACAUUUUCUCUGAUGUAAUCACAUUCAGACCCAAGUUCACUGACAUAUGCAUUUGCGUUUACCUACACUAUAAUAUUGACCUCUUAUUCACUCACACACACACACUCUUAUAAGACACACUUAAGAAUUCACACAUACUUUCAUGUAUGUAUAGAAUGUUCUGGUACAUCUGCCCAAACACAUAUAUUCAUACCUCCUCGUGAUGUACUCACACAUUUUCAUAUACAUGGACAGUGUUCAUUUUCAUGCUCCUGUACAUAUAGUCAUGCACAGAAAUAAAUAAAUAUGCACACUCCUACUCCCGUGAAGUUCUCUGUCCACUUCUUGGCCCUUGCUCUGCAUGAUGACUUCAGCAGAUGCCUAAGUCCUGGUCAUCAACAGUCUCAGUACUGGGAGGGAGUUCCGGGUGGAGGUUUUGCUAUCCCCUUCCAGGAAGGAGCAGGGCCUGGGGAGGUGGAGCCCUCUUGCUUGAGAUUCUGGCAAGGGAAUCUUGGAGCAGCUGCUAGAGGUGGUGGUGGGCUUCUGCAUGUAUCCCUGGGGCUUACUUUGGAGACCAGCUAAAGCUGGAAGGUUUCAUAGAGGUUAGCUGCAGGGCAGAGACUGUCCAGCCUCUUUGGAUCCUAACUAUGGAUUGUGGAGAAGCUGGGAGUUGUCAUAGAAGUAAGCAUGAGCUUGCCUCUACCUCUGAGAGGCAGGGGACCCCAGAGGGCUCCUUAAAAGCUGUGGGGUUCCUGUUUAUCCAGCUCCACCUUUGCCGCCUCUCUGUCUGAGAGAAACUGAGGCCCAGCAGGGGGAGGUUGGGCACUACCUGGCCUCAGCUGUUUGUUCCCUAAUUACCAUCUGAGUUGCUGAUUGCAUCCCUGAUGUUGCAGCCUAAACUGCCCUGUAAUGAGGUCACCUGUCCCAGGAGAGCAGGGACCUACCUGUGCUUGGAACUGGUGGAGAUGGCUCCACACCUCACCUGAGCCCUGACCUCUUAUAGGUUUGAGCUUGGGCCUGGAUCUCCAUUGCCAAAUGGCCCUAUGUAACCUCCCAGACCUCCCAUCCCUUCAUCUCUGCUUGGUGAAAUCAAUCAACCUGUUCAGACCAGAGUUGGGCAGUCGUCUGGCAUCUAGAGAAGAUUGAGGUUCAUGCCAGUGUUUGGAGGAGGAGGCUUGCGAGGGAUUGGGACUUUUUAUUGGUGCUGGGGUGGAGGGAGGUUGACCUGGAUCACAGGAUCAGGAGAAGACCUUGUAUGGGGAUGGGGCUAAUGGUGGAGGGACUCUGACACCCCGGCCCUGCUUACACAGGUUGCCCUCGAGGCCCUUGGCCAGGCCUGAGCCUCUGCUGCCAUGGCCAUUGUGCACACUCUGCCAGUGCCACUGGAGCCAGCUCCUGAGGCCACAGCUGCCCCACAAGUUCCCACCAUGGGCAGCGUGAGCAGUCUUAUCUCUGGCCGGCCCUGCCCUGGGGGGCCAGCUCCUUCUCGCCACCACGGCCCCCCUGGGCCCACCUUCUUCCGCCAGCAGGAUGGGCUGCUACGGGGUGGCUAUGAGACACAGGAACCACUGUGCCCAGCUGUGCCCCCCAGGAAAAAUGUCCCCAGCACCAGCUUCACCUACAUCAAUGAGGAUUUCCGAACAGAAACACCCCCCAGCCCAAGCAGUGACAUUGAGGAUACACGAGAACAGCGGGCACGCAGUGCCCACCUCCGUGGUCCCCCACCAAAGCUCAUCCCUGUCUCUGGAAAGCUGGAGAAGAACAUGGAGAAAAUCCUGAUCCGCCCAACAGCUUUCAAGCCAGUGCUGCCCAAACCUCGAGGGGCGCCCUCCCUACCUAGCUUCCUGGGUUCUCGAGCCACAGGGUUGUCUGGGAGCCAAGGCAGCCUGACACAGCUGUUUGGGGGCCCUGCCUCCUCCUCCUCCUCUUCCUCCUCUUCCUCUGCUGCCGACAAGCCCCUGGCAUUGAGUGGCUGGGCCAGUGGCUGCCCCUCAGGGACUCUAUCUGACUCUGGCAGAAAUUCUUUGUCCAGCCUGCCUACCUAUAGCACCGGGGGUGCUGAACCAGUCACCACCUCCCCAGGCGGGCACCUACCCUCCCAUGGUUCUGGGCGGGGGGCAUUGCCUGGGCCAGCCCGAGGGGCCCCUACUGGGCCCUCCCACUCAGACAGUGGCCGGUCCUCCUCCAGCAAGAGCACAGGCUCUCUGGGGGGACGUGUGGCUGGGGGGCUCUUGGGUAGUGGUCCCAGGGCCUCCCCUGACAGUUCCUGUGGGGACCGCUCCCCUCCACCCCCACCCCCACCUCCCCCUUCGGAUGAGGCCCUGCUGCACUGUGUCCUGGAAGAAAAGCUCCGAGACCGAGACCGUGACCGUGAGGCAGAUCUGCAGCAACUGCGGGACAGUCUGGAUGAGAGCGAGGCCACCAUGUGCCAGGCAUUCGGGGAGCGGCAGCGACACUGGCCUCGAGAACGCGAGGCCCUGCGUGAGGACUGUACAGCCCAGGCGCAGCAGGCCGCACAGCGAGCCCAGCGCACCCAACAGCUGCUGCAGCUGCAGGUGUUCCAGCUGCAGCAAGAGAAGCGCCAGUUGCAGGAUGACUUUGCACAGCUGCUGCAGGAGCGUGAGCAGCUGGAGAGGCGCUGUGCCACCUUUGAGCGGGAGCAGCGGGAACUUGGACCACGGCUGGAGGAGACCAAGUGGGAGGUGUGCCAGAAGUCAGGCGAGAUCUCCCUGCUGAAGCAGCAACUGAAGGAGUCUCAGGCAGAGCUGGUACAGAAGGGCAGCGAGCUGGUGGCACUGCGGGUGGCACUGCGGGAGGCCCGGGCUGCUCUGCGGGUCAGUGAGGGCCGAGCCCGGGGCCUGCAGGAGGCAGCCCGAGCCCGGGAAUUGGAGCUGGAGACCUGCUCCCAGGAGCUACAGCGGCACCGCCAGGAGGCCGAGCGGCUCCGAGAGAAGGCCGGACAGUUGGACGCUGAGGCAGCUGGACUCCGGGAGCCCCCUGUACCACCUGCCACGACUGAUCCAUUCCUCCUGGCAGAGAGUGACGAGGCCAAGGUGCAGCGGGCAGCAGCUGGGGCAGGAGGCAGCCUGCGGGCCCAAGUGGAGCGGCUGCGGGUAGAGCUACAGCGAGAACGACGGCGAGGCGAAGAGCAGAGGGACAGCUUUGAGGGGGAGCGACUGGCCUGGCAGGCCGAGAAGGAGCAGGUGAUCCGCUACCAGAAGCAGCUGCAGCACAACUACAUCCAGAUGUACCGGCGCAACCGGCAGUUGGAGCAGGAGCUGCAGCAGCUCAGCCUGGAGCUGGAGGCCCGUGAGCUCGCUGACCUGGGCCUGGCUGAGCCAGCACCUUGCAUCUGCCUGGAGGAGAUCACUGCCACUGAAAUCUAGGACUCCAGCUCCACAGUGAGCUUCACUGAAGGGGCCAGGAGCCACGGGUCCACUCAGACCCCAGAACCCAGUGAGCAUCCCCAAGUCUUAGGGUCUCAGAGCCGCUUGUCUUCCAGGGUACAGGCCUCUAGGCCUCUGUAAGAACUUGGGUGUCCCUGACUUGGAGGAGCAAGAUCAGACCCCUUGAACGUCCCCCAUGUUCACUUUAUCCAGAGGCUCCUACUAUUCUGCCCAUCUCACUCCCCAGCUGCUGCCAGUGCCACCCCACCAGUUCUGUUUGUCCCAAAUGCUUGACAGCCCUUUCCAGCCGUCGGAGCUGGGAAGAGGAAGGGGCUUCCUCAUCUCCACAUUCUCCCCACCCCAAAGCCAGAGAGAGCCAGAUGGCACCAGCUGCUCCAGAUGUGCCUGCCCCCACUUUGGCCAUGUUGGGGGACAGGGCUGGAACUGGGGUCUGAUCCCCAUGUCCCAGCUCUGCAGCCUCCCUCCUGGGCUGAGGGGGCUGAAGUCAGACCAAAGGAAGAACUCAGAAAUGUCUUGUUUAUUUGUGUUUGUGACCAAGCAGCCCUUCCCAACACCCAGGUUUAUGGCCUUGUUUUCACUUGUAUAUUUUUCACACUGUAAAUUUCUUGUACAAACCCAAAGAAAAAAUUAAAAAAAAAUUUUUUUUGGUUUUUAAAAAAACAUGAA